AUGAAAGUCAUGGAGGUCAUCCCACAGCAGGAUAAGGUCACGGUCAAACACGCCCUUCUCCGCCAAUCUAAGAGCUGGCUUUUCCGUUCAAACUAUCUUGGACAAGAUUGGCAUUAUCUCUGGCCUUAUCUGCAAUUAGGGAUUAAUUGGCACUAUCUCCUAAUCUGGAACCCUCACAUCCAAGCCGUUCAUCAGACUACCCAAGUUGGCCUCAAACAGACCUUUAGCAUGGGCAUUGGUGGAUACCCCUUCACUAGCACUAACCUCAUUGACUGUCUCGACACUUUCCUCAAGGAUCUCAACGCAAAGGGUAUUCUCAUAGGUGAGAUUGGUGGUGGUGCUGAAGAGGCUGCACCUGGACCUGAAGCCAAGCCUGUUUCAUCCUUUAUCACUGGUCUUUCUGCCCCACCUGGUCGCAGCAUGGGACAUGCCAGUGCCAUCAUCUCUGGAGGCAAGAGAGGUGCUGAAGACAAGAUUAAGGCCCUUGAGAAUGUUGGUGUAAUCAUCCUGAGGUGCCCUGUGCAAAUGGGAAAUAUGUUACUGGCAGAGAUGGAACUUCUUGAAAAAUUGUAAGCUGAUUGCUGGUGUGGAAAC